GUUGCAAUGCAAACGCCCUAAGCCCCGAGGCCUGAGGGAAUAUAAAGGCAGCAGCGUGGCCAGCAGAGCGUUGCUGGUUUUUCCGCAAUUCCUUCCUAUACAAUCACCCUGUGAGCUGUUCCAGGAAUCCUCCUCGCGUGUGAUCUGUACAUCUCAGCCUGGUUCCACGGAAAAUCAGUAGGGUGGGUGCAGAUGGACAUGUAAGGGGCAGGGCUUGACCGGUGAGUUCUCGACCAGCCGUGACUCAUUUAUCAACCACGUCAUUCGUGGUCAGUCUCAUUGUUACACCAGACAGAGGGGGGCCAUGUCACCCAGAAUCUCGCGCUCUCAGCGCUUAAUGGUCGUCAUUGCAAUUUCCUCUGCCUUCUUUGUGUCAGAGAUCUCAGGUGCCUAUUCUCCUGUCACACCGGGCGUUGAGGUAUCCGAGGCCGAUGACUCGCCCAAGGGACUCUCGUUCGGAUGGCAGCGAGCCCAGUUGUUGGGCGCCUUUUUCAACGGGGUCCUUCUGCUUGGACUCGGCCUAUCGGUCUUUUUGCAGUCCAUUGAGCGAUUUAUCUCGAUAGAGCGCGUCGAGAAUCCUAAACUCAUGUUUAUCAUGGGUUCAAUCGGCUUAGGACUCAACCUGAUCAGUGCGACCUUUCUUCAUGAGCAUCAUCACCAUGGACAUGAUCAUGACCAUCCAGCUCGAGCCAUGAUAGAGGUCCCGCUAUCAAGCACAGAAGAUAGCGAUGGGCAAGAGAGGCCUGAAAGUCCCGGGCAUGACGAUCACAAACACGUUCUACACACAGCUCAGCCCGCUGCUCACGCACAUGAUUUGGGAAUGAUGGGAGUUUUGGUCCAUGUUCUCGGCGACGCAGCCAAUAAUCUUGGAGUGAUGGCCGCGGCAUUGGUGAUCUGGCUGACCCAUUACGAGGGUCGGUACUAUGCUGAUCCAGGAACGACUAUGGGGAUCUCAAUCAUGAUCAUCCUGUCCUCCUUCCCGCUUAUGCAACGAGCCGGUCGCAUCUUACUUCAGAGCGCACCGGAUGGAGUUGAUGCUGAAGAUGUGAAGCAUGAUUUGGAAAAGAUUCCCGGCGUGUUGUCGGUUCAUGAGCUUCACAUUUGGCAGUUGAACCAGCAGAAGACACUGGCAUCUGUCCAUGUAAUGGUGUCGGACAGCUCGGUUCCGGCCUUUUUGAGGUUGACCAAGACGAUCAAUGAAUGUUUCCAUGCAUAUGGGAUUCAUUCAACCACUAUCCAGCCAGAGGUGGUGCAUCCGGGAGCGAUCAGCAGCCUGGAGACAGAGGGAUUAGAGAAAUGUCAAGUCGUAUGUGGAACAAUGUGUGCAGGAUUAACCUGCUGCGGAUAGAUAGAUUCCGAGGCAAAAUUAUUGAAGUGUUGAGAUGGGAGAGGAGGGAGAUUGUAGUUAACGAG